CCGGCACUGGGAGACUGUGAGCGCCUGCUUGCUAUCCGCGGCUGCAGUCAGUGUCUCGCGCUCAGCCUGCCCUGUGUGAGGACCAGGAAGGAGCGGGUGACAGACUGGAGAUCACGUGACCGGCGCAGCUUCCCCUGCAGAGGAGAGCGCUGUAUGACAGGCGCGCGGGAGAAGCGGAGUCUCGUGCGUCACUGUUCGGCCGCCUCGUUAUACCGCUCCAUCCCGCCUCGCUAUACCGCUCCAUCCCGCGCGCUGCCCCCCCCUGUCACCGCGGGCCGCUCGCUCCGUCUGUUACGGACACACAGGAAGUAAAGGGCAGCGGCGGCCAUGGGUCUGCUCUCUCACGGCUCCCCGCUCAGCUGGGAAGAGACCAAGAAAUACGCCGACCAUGUCCGGCAACACGGCGUGCUGCAAUUCCUGCACAUCUACAACCGGGUCAAAGAGCGACAGAAAGAUGUCCUCAAAUGGGGGGACGAGGUGAGACACUGCGCAUAGCGCUGCCACCGCACUGCGCAUAGCGCUGCCACCGCACUGCGCAUAGCGCUGCCACCGCACUGCGCAUAGCGCUGCCACCGCACUGCGCAUAGCGCUGCCACCGCACUGCGCAUAGCGCUGCCACCGCACUGCGUUGCCGCACGUAGCGAUGCGCUGCUGCACAACAUAUAGUGCUGCACCAUGUGCGCACUGCGCUGCACCUAGUGCGCACGUUACCCCCAUGAUGGCAUACCAUUUGCAAAAGUACACUACCCAAGGUAUUGCAAACAGGGUAUGUCCAGUCUUUUUAGUAACCACUUGGUCACAAACACUGGCCAAAGUUAGCGUUAAUAUUUGUUUGCGUGUAAAAAAUGCAAAAAACAAAUAUAAACGCCAAUUUUGGCCAGUGUUUGUGACUAAGUGGUUACUAAAAAAAAGACUGGACAUACCCCAUUUGCAAUACCCUGGGUAGUGUACUUUUGCAAAUGGUAUGCCAUCAUGGAGGUAAUUCUUAUUCCUGGCCUACUAUACGGUCUCAAAGGCAACUUAAACAAUCUGGCAAAUUUCAAUGUGAAAAAACUGAAACACAAGCUUUAUAUUUGACUCUCUAACUUCACAUAAAACCUGUACAUGAGGGGUACUGUAUACUCGGGAGAGUUCGCUGAACACAAAUAUUAGUGUUUCAAAACCAUAAAAUGUAUCACAACAAUUAUAUCGUCUGUGUAAGUGCCGUCUGUGUGUGAAAAAUGAAAAAAACUACAACUAUUGUUGUAGUACAUUUAAUGGUUUUGAAACACUAAUAUUUGUGUUCAGUGAAGUCUCCCGAGUAAAACAGUACCCUCUAUGUACAGGUUUUAUGGUGUCUUGGAAAUUUACAGGGUUAAAUACAGUGCUAGCAAAUUCAAUUCUCUGGACUUUCUUCCUGGGUUAUCAGGCAGGUCCUGCAAAUUGUAAUAAAUAAAAUGACUUAAAUAUUUUAUAUAUAUAUAUAAUAUAUAUUGUGUUUAUAUAAAUAUAUUUCGUUCUAUGUGUAUUUUGAUAUCAAUAUUCAUGAUCAAAAUACAGUUAGAAUGAAACUACUUUUUCAUUUUUACAUUUUUUAUAUAUUUUAUAAUAUAUAAUUUGUAUUACAAUACACUGUGUGUGAGAUAUAUAUUUAUGUAAAAAUUUUUUUAUUUUUUUUAUUUUACACUGUUUGAACUUAAUUUCAGGCAGUCGCACUGCUAUGGACGGCUAUUCCGUUCAUGUGAUCCUGAGGGCCGGAUCAGACGCAGUGGGACUGCCUGGGAUGCCAGGCAAGUGUCCCCCCCGCCCGCCGGUGUUUAGAGCCAGGUCCCCAAGGACGUCAUAGCACGCCCGCCAUCUUUAAGGGGUUAAUCAGAGUUUUGUCAUCAGUUGUUGAUUUAAGCCUGCUUUUUAAUCUUCGCACAUACCUGGGAAUUCAUUUAAUAGCUUUAUUCUUUAAAUUUCUAAUUGUAGUUAAUUGUAACCCAAAUGGCACAACUAGGCUAAAAUUAGAUAACUAUGAGUAUAGCUGCAUGAAUUGCCUUCUCCCAGAUUGACUAUUAGCCUACAUUUUAUGAUUUAAUUUACAAUUCAUUAUAGUUAGGAGUUUACAGAAUAAAUCCUUUAGUAUUUUAUAUGAAACUUAAAGCUUUUCCUGACUUUAUUGCAGUACUUUUUUGUUAAUGUGCUAAAGUGAAAAUGUUAAAUUUAAAGGAAAGUUCUAGUGUCAGAAAUACAAAUAUAUUGACAGUACAGUGUAGGUAUUGCCAUUUAGGCCCACCUCUCCAUGGAGACUAAUGGUGAUUUUACUCACCUUUUUUCCAACGUCGCACCAAUCUUGCUGCAGCUGGUCAUUGAUGAUCUCAGCCAAUCCAAUGCUUUCCUACAGGCUAUUGCGCAUGCGUGGCAAAAUUACGUACUGCGCCAGUCGGCAUCCCCAUUAAUCAAUGCAUCUCUAUGUGGAAUUUUUAGCAACUCCAUGCAGAGCGUUGGGACGCUGAAUGCCAGUGCUGCGCCCAGGAAACACCUCUAGUGGCUGUUUGAGUGAUUGCCGCUAGAGUAGUAACUAGUCAUCAAUGUAAACAGUCUUUUCUCUGCAUUACUAGGCUUCAGGUAUGGGCUCUAGAUACCAGAACCAUAACAUUAAGCUAUAGUAGUUCUGGUGACUAUAGUGUCCCUUUAAUGCCAGAGUACCCAAACUGAAAGCAUAGCUAUCUUGGACAAUUUUUCAAGUUUUGUUAUUUUAAAAAUCAUCAUUGAAUGCUUACAUUGGUGAAUAACCUGGUUUGUGAAAAGUAAUCAAAUAGUAACAAUUACUACAAAAUGCUUCCAUGAAAUUUUGUCCCAAGACAUAUAGGGAGUAGGGGGGAGGUUGGUGUCAGGAUUUUCGUUUCACCUCAUAGUUGUAUUUCAGUUGACUGGUAUGUAAUCCAUUAUAUUAUUGGAUUGAUGGAUCUAAUGUGCUCAGUAGCUGUUUGAGCUGUUGUAUAUGUAGCAUUUGUACCUUCUUUGAACCUGUGAUUUUGUUUUUUUCCCCCCACAUAGAAUAUUUUUUUUUUUUUUUUUUUUAAAUAUGGAUAGUGUCAGUACCUAUAUUGGGGAUCUUCCUCCUAAGGACAGGCAGCUUUUUACACCUAAAACUUUAAUGGAAACGUUUGGCCCACCCCAACUUCACCUGCUUAUCGGUAUAAAAGAGACUGAUCCACAGUUUUGUUUUUCCUCUUAAGGGACAAACUAUAGUUGGCAUUUCCCCCUUUUUAAACUUCAAUCCGGCAAGAGGUGAAGCUAUUGUGUUUCUAGGACUUUUGCAGUCCAGAGGCAUUGGUAUGCUGGGGAGUUGCUAUACCUGAUCUAUGUAAUUAUUUUUAUUGUUUUUUCCCCAUUGAGGAUUGGUUGGAAGGCACGUGGAAAGUGUAUGUUAGAGUCUUAUGGGCCUUUUUACCUGUUCUUCUCCUUUCUACCAUAUACCGCAAAUGAAAGUGGAUCCUGUUGCAAACUGGAGAAAGCUUAGUUUGCAACGCAAUGUGUAGUAGUGUUGCGUUCCACUGGUAAUGUUACUAUAUGCCUGCGCAAUGGCAUAGAGGAGCUCUGCAACCAUUUUCAGCUAAUUGUAAUCUCAUAGAACAGUGGUUCCCAACCCAGUCCUCAAAUACCCCCUAACAGUACAGGAUUUUGGGAUUUACCCUGUUGUAUAUAAGGUGUUUUUAGAAAAAGGAAAAAACAUUUUAGACACAAUAGGGUAAUCCCUAUAUCCUGGACUUGUAGGGGUUACUUGUUGACUGGGUUGGGAAAAUGUAAAUAGCCAUAUGAGGGCUGUAAGACUCCUAAUAUAGCCUUCAUGCCACAAAUGCCAUCGCCUUUCGCACUGUGUACUUAAGAGUUGGCUUUAAGGCGAGAAAAUAAUUUUUUUAGUUGCCUCUGGGGAUUCCAGGCCUAUUGUCGUUACUUUUUUUUUUUUUUUUUUACCUAACCACUGGAAAAACAGGUAUCUCCCGAUAAGCCUUAAAAAAGGGUCAUAAGACCUGGUUAAAAAGAUUUGUCUUGUUCUGUAUGCAAUAUUCCUUUACAUAAUGAAUGUAAAAGAAAGCAGUUCAGGGCUUGUUUGAAAUAAUUUGCUGAAGCAGAAAAAAGAUUCAAUGUUUUGAGUUGGUUCCUGCAAAGUUUACAAAGACAUCUCAAGAUGUUAAAUCUGCUACCCUGCAAAAUUUGGUAUCACAAUUAGAUUUGGCAGAAUAUUCUGUGGUUAACUUUAAACUUAUUAAAGAGAUCACCUAUGGAGGGAUAAGAGGAGGAAAGUUCUCAAAAGUAAAAGGUUUUCCCUUGUAAAUUUUAGGAAAUUAUGAACCGUGAAUGGAAAAAUCCAGAGAAGAGAGUGGAUCUUCUAAACAUUUUAGAAGAUAAUUCCUUUGGGAUAAUGCUUCAAGUUGAUGUUUGAGUGGCUUAGUUGGGAAAUAAGACUUUAAUUCCUACUGGUUGUACAGCAAGUAUAAAAAAAUCCAACGUACUAAAAAAAAAAAAUCAAAUUUCUUUGAGGUUGUUUUUUUUUUUUUAUCUUUUCCAUUUUUGAAAAAUCAGCAUCACAGUUUUAAAAGUCUUGCCUACAGGUUCUUUGAUUACCAGGGUACAAAGAAUUUGGCUGGAGAAUUUAAAGGAGCCUUUAUCAAAAAAUGAAGAUCUAGUUAAAUUUUUACCCAAUGUGAAAUUAACUUCAGAUUUGCUCUGUGGCACUACAGCCGAAAGUGUUUAGCAGCCAGAAAUGAGUUUGACUACUAUGGGAAGAAGAGUUAUCUGACUUCGUUCCUGGUCAGCAGAUGCUCCUUCAAAAUUAUCCGUAUUUGAUUUACUGUUUGAGGAAGCAUGUCUCUUUGGUUCACCCUUACUUCUUUUCAAAUCUAUGGUGGAAGGAAGGAAGGAAAGUGUUACCACAGUAUGGUAAGAAAAGGUUUUUGUUAUUCAUUAGACCCUGGAGAGAUUCAUCCUUUCAAAGAAAAUAUUCAGGUAACCACAUAAUUAAACUUUGGUUGAAAAGAAUAAAGACAAGAAGGGGGCAGGGCCCAACUGACAUGCCAGACAGACUCAUCUUGUAUGAGCUCCAGCACAUAAUCUAUUGAGAGCAGCUAUUUUUGCAGGUUGUACCCCCAUUAAAGGUUUCUAGCUGCUCCUGUGGCGCCAAACAGACUGUAAUGAUCCUGAAGCGCGUUGUCUUGGGUGUCCACGCUGCUGGAGGAUUGUUAGCUGGCUCCUGACCACACUGCUGUUGGUGCCCCAAUUCCCCCCUCUCUUGGUCCGGUGAGGGUUAUCCCGGUCCACUCCAUGGAGGGUUCCUUAUUUGUCAGUGGACGUGCGGCAAAACCGCUACACAAGCAAAAGGCACCCAAUAGCUCCUUCCGAUCCCUGCACAGGUGCCUGCAAUGUCCUGCAUAACUUGACAAGACUAUUGGAGACCUUUUGGGAGAGGCUGAAGGCACGCCUGCACCCGAUGUGCUGAGAGCCCGCGGAAUAUGCCAAAGGAGAGAACUCUUCAUUAUACUCUGGCCCAAAUGGUGCAAAAAUACAGACUGAGACCCAGUUUGGAGCAGGGCAGCACAAGGAAAGGAGGUGUAGCGUCCGUGGAGUGUCUGUCUGUGCUCAGCCCGAGCAAGGCAUAGGCUGAGUCCAGGAAUACCCUGCCGUGCUUCUACUGAUACUACUUUCAAAGCAGUUUAGUUUAUUUUUAUACCUCCUUGUAGGGUUUUCUUUUCUGCCAGUUUAGGGGGGCCUCCUGAAGGUAUUUACUUGUAACUAAGCUUUUUUUAUAUUCUUUACAGAACUGUAUUGUCUCUACUAAUAUUCUUCAUAUCUAGUUUGGCCCACAUACCUACUGGCUUGGCUAUUAAGUGUUUAGGCAUGUGCACUUAGCCUGAAAAUGUUACAUUAGUAAGAGUACAGUUUUCUUCCUGUCUUUUAUAAUUUGUGCGGUUUACCGGAUAUGUUUAGGUUGAAAUAUUGGUUACUUCUCCUGUCAAUUAGCAACGUCAUGAUUACCAAUAUGUUCUUUUCAGGUACAACAAAAAUAAUAAUAAUAAAAAAUAAAUUUAAAAGAGACAAACCUUACAGACCUAGCAAACAAGAAAAAUGUUGAUGCCAGGCCUGUGAGAGGCAGAUACUCCUAGUUGCUGAACACUUGGAAAAAGACCAUUUCACAUCAUUGCGUUUUAAGAAUCAUCAUUGAAUCUGCUGCAAAAUUAGAAUUUUAUUUAAUUCCUUCUCAAAACUUUCUCAGACAUUCUCUCACAAAGAUCUAGAAGAAAAACAUGUCAUGCAACUCUGAGAAAAGGAAGUUUAUAGAGGAAAUUUCAGGUCAUAAGACAUUUGUGAGAGAGUACUCAAGACCUUUCCUAGUAAAGAAAUCAGACAGAUCUUCCGACCCAUAUUAGCUUUAAAGGGGGAAAAAAUUGUUACAUUUUGAAAAAGAAAUUCAGAUUGGAUACCAUUGUGUCAAUUCGUCUAUAGAGGUAACUCUGUACCAUCUCAGGAUUUAAAGGAUGCAUAUCUUCACAUAACAAUAUCAGCAAAAUGUUUAAAGGAACACUGUAGGUACCUAGACCACUUCAGCCCAUUGAAGUGGUUUGGGUGCAAACUCCCAUCACACUUAACCCUGAGCAUGUAAUAUUGACCUGCUUGGGUUAACUCCUCCUCUAGUGGCUGUGUACCUGACAGCCACUAGAGAGACCUCCAGGUGCUUAAGUGACUUUUGGUCGUAAACUUCCAGCGUUGCCGGAAUCCUCAUAGGAAAGCAUAUAAUGCUUUCCUAUGGUAAGAUCCUUAUGCGAGCGCGGCCAUUGCCGUGCAUGCACAUUAGGUCUUCCCCGGCAGGGGAGGAGCGUGGGCAGAGCUGAGUCAGCGCCGAGGGACUUCAGGACUGGGCCCAGGUAAGUGAAAGAAGUGGUUAAUACCUUCUGCACCAUAGGGGUGAACCUUGACAGAAGGGGAAGCUACGGUGCUAGGAAGCAGUUUGUUUUCCUGUCACUAUAGUUUGCCAAAAGGAAAAACAAGGCAAUUCUGUAUUAUCAGUUCAUAGCUCUAUUUUGGCCAAAGAUGUUAGUAGUUCUAACAGCAGCUUUAAGAGAAAAAGGAAUUUACAUUGUUCAUUACCUGGGCUACUGGCUUCUUACGGCAAGAUCAGUACAGUGUUUAAAAGAAAACCAUCUUUACAGUAUCCUCAUUUUUAUAAACCGAAACAUCUCAUCCAACUCCUACAUAAUGUUUUUCUUGUUAAUCUUAAUAGACAAAAGAUACAUGAAACUACUUCCUCAAGUCAAACCAAACAAUAUAAAGACAGAAUUGUGCUGCAGGAAAACUUGCUCAGUCAGACAAGCCAUCAGUGUACUAGGUUUGUUAACUUCUCUAGAUUUCAUCCAGUUUUUGUCAUUCACAAAAAUUCAACUCCUCUGGGUAAUGAUGCAAUUUCUGCAUACAGGCUUAUAAAGAGAGGAAUUAUUUGUCAUGUGGGAUGCAUUGAAACUUGAUUGGGGUGCUCACCAUCUACAGAUCCAUGGCAAGAGGGAUUUGUAAUUUUGAGGAUUGCUUCUUGUCCUCUUGAUUACAGAGCAUUAAAAUCAGUCUUGAAAGGCUCUCCAAAUAUUUUGUCAGUUUUGUUCAGACAGUGCAACUACAGUGACAUACAUAAACAAGUAGGCACAGUAUGCACUUGAUUACUAACACUAUGUAUAAGGAUUAUAUUGGCGUUAACGCUAUUCACAUAAAAGCCUCAGAAUUCUCUGGUACGGGAAAGAUAUAUAUAUAUAUGGUCACUGGUAAGAACUUUUCACGAGAACCUGUCUAGUUAGGAUUCCCAAAAUUGUGGGGUUUUUUUUUUUUUUUUGGGCUCCAUAUGUGAACAAGAAAACACACAUUUGCUUCUUAAUGCAAAAAAAAAAAAAAGGGGGAAUCCCACGCUUCCUAAAACAUUCAGUGGUUCUUUCACCUUGUCUCCAUGUCUUUCCCCUCUCAUAUUAAUUCCAAAGAUUUUUAGAUAAGAUUAUAUGACAAUAGUUAUUGCCAUAAUCUUUUCUAGGCAGGGAGAACAGAACUCCAACAGUUCUAUAUAUCAUCACCGUAUCUGGAGAAAGUUAUUUUAUUGGUGCAAGUCUUUAAAUAUUGAUCACUUACAUGCCUCAAUUCAAAGUAUUUUGGAGGUUUGGGAUUUAGUUUUUGGGUUUUUUAAUUUUGUUUAAUUUAUUUUUUGGCCAGCCAUAAGAUUUGUUGGUUAUCGAGGCUUGAACUUGGGUUCUCUCUCAUUAGGUUAAGCUCGUUUGAACCUCUUCAGGUUUCUCUCCAUAUUUUAACAUUCAAGGGAAAUUUUCUGGUGGACGUUACAUCCACGAAGCGUUUGGGAGAAUUCAGGCUUUAGGAGAUUUGUCUCCUUAUUUUAUCUACCAUGUCUUCAAAGUUCUUUACGUCUUUUGCUAUUUUUUUUUUUUUUUUUUUUUCAGACCUAAAGUAUCUUGUAGUAACUUACAGAAUAUACCGCUUCAUUCCGUUAAUUUAGUGCAAGAUUUAAAAAAGGUAAACUAGCCUCAAAUGCUAUAUUGGCCAGAUGGUUGAACACUUCCUAAAUGGAGCUAUAAAAUCAUAUUUUCUUCAAUACUUGUAUUAAUGGAACUUCUCACUAAAUUUCUCUCCCGCACAUUUUUUUCCAUUUUUGUCUAUAAUCUUGAAUCCAUUCUCAACUUAUCUUUCAAGCUUUAUUCAAUAUUUAUUGCAUACUUAUUAAACAAAGUCUCUCUACACAGUGCAGCAUGAUCUUGAAACUGAUUUACAGCUGUAUUCCACAUAUUUUUGUGCUGGUUAGAGAUAUAGUUAAUAUUUAAGGUGGAAAUUUAUGAAAUCUCAUAUUACACACAAUUUUUUGGUUUAACCCCUUAAGGACCAAACUUCUGAAAUAAAAGGGAAUCAUGACAUGUCACACAUGUCAUGUGUCCUUAAGGGGUUAAGUACCGCUACCUAUUUAGCGAGUAUAUGCAAGCUUACAGUGCAUAUAAAAGUGCUGUGUAACCAGAAACUCAAUUACUGGACAGCAGAGUGCAAUCAAUUACUUAUUUCUGGAAAGCCAUUAGAUAAGUGGAGCUAUGGGAGGAAUAACAUUAAAUAGCCUACUGACAUGCAUGCAGAUACUACAGCCAACAUAAGGUUUACCACGCAUUGCAGAAGAGCUACAAUGGAAAUCCGCAGGAUGCAGUCUUUAGCCUAGAGUUUUUAUUCAGCAAUUAAACUGUAAAUUGAUCCUGUGUGUCAGUCCAGGCCACACUCUCGACUGUGUAACUAGUAGUUCAACAUAUCUGGAAAGGGAUAAUGCUCUGGUGGGGCUAGUAGGAAAAAUAGCCCGUGUUAGAUCCCUCAAGAGCACGUAGGUUACAUAGAGCAGUGGCGUUAAGGGCAGAAAAUGGCAAAGACUAUUCAAAAGGGACAUCUAAUUGCAGUAACCCUUUGAUCUAGCUGGAUCUUGGCAGAUAGGUUAAAGGAGCACUAUAGUGUCAUGAAUACAAACAUUCUAAAUGUGCCGUUUAUGCCUCCCAGCCCCUUUGUAAAAGUAAAAGAAGUUUGCUCACCUUUUAUCCCAACGCUAAACACCGUAAUGCACAAGUCAGCUUCUGCUCAUAGAGAUGCAUUGAACAAAUGCAUCUCUGAGGAAAGUUCAGUGCCUCCAUGCAGAAUGUGGAGACUCUGAACGUCAGUACUGCACAUUGGACAGCACUGACCCAGAAGUCACCUGUAGUAGCCAUCUGUGUGAAUGUUACUAGGGAGCAAUGUAAACUCUUUUUAUUAUCAAGCCCCACUACUGCUGUAAGAAAGUCUGAGCUCCAUCAGCUGAUCGUCUGCAUUAAACAAAGGUAGCCUUCUGGAAGACCACACUAAGACUCUGUCCUGCAUAGCAUCAUUUAUAUUUAAUUUAACCAACCUGUACUUUAUUUUAUAUAUCUUAUGUGUAUUUUAUAUUUUCUUGCCUUUAUACUUCUGUCAUGCUAAAAUUUAGUUUUGCUAGCCCUGUAUGUAAUUGUUUUAUUCACCUAUAUGCAUUCCUCUAUUCCCCCUCUGAUUUCUGACUGACCUCUGACUCCUCCCUUCUUUUAUGGAUUGUUUUUAUUUGAAUAACUAUCCCUUCAUCUCUGUGCCGAGAUACGUAUCCUCCUCCCUCAGCUUUAUUGCAAGCCUAUCUGACCCUCCCAUAUCUUUAUUCAACAGCCUGAAUUCAGAAUUAUCAAGCCCCAAUACUGCUGUAAAAAAGUCUGAUACCCACCCUCCCCUCAUCACCCCACCCCAUACUCAUUAUUACAUGUAUAGAUGGUCUGUCGCACGCAAAUUUUAUAUAAGUAAAAAUAACAGUUGUACACUCCUGCACUUUAACUCAUAAAACUUAAUAUUUACCCUACCUUCACCUGCUCUUGAUAUUCCAAUUAUUUCUAAUUUACUUUUUCCCAGUUUAGAAAUAUGUCUUCUCCUCCCCCUUUUAUUUCCUUUCUCUCUCAGUAUAAAAAUCUCUCCUGACACCCACUUCAUUCAUCCCUCCUGUGACGAAGUGCCCUUCUCCACUUGUGCCUGGAGGGGACUGCUGACUAGCCUCCUGCCUUCCGACUAUGGCCCCUGUGCUGAUAGCUGUAUUUUACCCUGCAAUAAGGUUUAUUUGGGUAUUUCUGCCGGGUUGUUCGGGACUUCCAGUAUGUGAGUAGUGCUACCCCAGGUAGCUAUGCCAUGGAGCCAAUUCGUGUAACGAAAGACUAUGGGAAAAACUUUGGCUCCAUGGCGAUUGAAUUGUAUGUAUGUGAUCUGAGCGCCAUUCAAUUAUAAUGUGCACUCAGAUCUAAGCUAUCUGGGGAUAUGUUGCAUGUAUAUGUUUUAUGUAGUAAUUGUAACAUUGUGUAAUUUUAUGUCUUUUUGUAACUAUGUGGUUUAAUGGAGUCUUGCCUCUGUCCUGGGAGAUAAUUUGAUUACUUCCCAAUUAUCUCCAGGAUAGAGAGGAGGGAUUGUGAUGUCACUGUGGGAGUGUUUUGUUUGUAUUGUCUGUGAUUGGUUAUACUGUGUCCCACCCUGUGGGAUGUCCCCUUGCAUGGGGACUUGCAUAAAAGCCAGUGUGUGGUCAUUAAAACCAGAUCAUCUUGUACCUUUCUUGAAGCCUUGGCUCAUGUUUGGGGGAUUGGAAAACUACACUCUGGGGAUUGCUAUAAUCACUAUACUCCCCAGGGUAUGAUCACUAAUCUCUGCUAAGAGCUUGUUCCUGUUCCUGUUCCUGCUCUCCGGGGAAAGAGAGGUUAACCCCCUGGAAGCUGGAUCCUGACCUUGGGUCCAGGGUGGGUGGAGACAGCGAGACCCUGGCGCAGCUGCAUCGCUGGAAGUGGGGUCUGCAGUGCUGAUGGUGUCGGUUGGAGUCCUCAGCGAGCACUAGGAGCAUCGACUGGCGGAGGUACUCAGUCGGAGUGCCAGCGGUCCGUCACAUUUGGUGGCAGCGGCGGAAUGGCGUACUAGUGCAUGGACCAGCAGCUCGGAGACACCGGUAACAUGUGGAGUUACGGAUUUAUAAUUGAGGGCAGCGCUAGCACUCGUGCAGCGACCCUGACUUUGGAGGAACUUGAAGGGAUGAAGCAAGCUAGCCCCCGGGUAGCGUCACCCUACGAGGAGGAGUUCCUAUGGAGACUACAAAAUGCCUUGGCCCAGGAGUGUGGCCCGAUUUCAGCCGAGGAGGAGCUGGCGUGGAGAGAUGGGAUACGGCGAGAUCUCUGGCAGGAGGCCUUGGAGUGGACACGAGGCCCAGGAGGAGAGAAUCUCCCUAGCGAAGCACAGCGCACUCAGACACAAAUGGCGCUGAGGAGGCCCUUCCUAGGGUAUCUGCCCCAGAGAGAGUGGGUGCUGGAAGUGCAGAGGUUGAUCAGAAAAGAACUGUGGCUGGAUGAGGCUUACCGUGCGCUACGGUGGUUCUCGUCCAGAGGUGCCCCUGGAUGGCUGAGAGUGAAAGGCCAGAGGGCCGUGAUUAGGAGUACGAUCAACUGUUCGACUUAGCCCAAUCACCGACCCUCAGCCCAGAGGAUUACCUGGACACCGUACCCUCUUCUGUCCACCCAGCCCCAGAGGUGAGCAACCCUAUAGAACGGUCCUGGGAUGACCCACAGAUGGCAGGUAGAGAUGGGACCGAAGUCUCUGUCGGCUCUACAGAGAUGCUGGGCAGUCGGCCCAGGUCCCCAGCGGCAGUAUAAUAUACAGGGAGAGGAGACAACUGGUCUCUCUCCCCAGCGGCGGCCUGAGUUCCUGGAGGAGAUGAUGGUAGAUCCCUCCUCCGUACAGAAACCAGCGUCCUGGGGAGGGGAGGCAACUGGCCUUCCACUCCAACAGCAGCCGGAGAUACCAGGAGAGAGGGAGAACAACCCUAACCCCACUGGCGCAGAUGGGACCGCGGUCUCUGUGCCAGUCCUACAGGGAUGCUGGACGGGCGGUCCAGAUCACCAACCUUCCCCGCAGGGAUACCAGGAGGAGGAGGUAAGCAAGCCUCCCCCUCCCCAGAUACAUCCCGACCGGGUCCUGGGGGCAGUGGAUGAGCCUGCGAUACCCACUGACCCCCUCCCAGCAGAAGAGCUGGCAUCUGGGCAGAGCUCUGUUAGCCUCUGCCCCCCCUUUUCCCCUGUAUUAGAGCCUGACUUACCACGGGUGACCCCAGAGGAAGUGCUAGCAGCAGGGCAGAGCGCCGCUGGCCUCUGCCCCCCAAGCAACACCAGCAGUUUGCCUAGCUGCACCAGAGAGACCGAGAGUGCUGCGCUGUCCCACUACAAACUUGAACCUACAGGCCAGUACCAUUUAUUGUGGGGGGGGUUACUCUGCGUAUUUUUCUCUGUGGGUGGGCUGCCCGACUAACCUAGGUACUGACCGGUAUAAGGUCAGGUACCUGUUUAGUCUUCACCCCAAAGAGAAGAUGUGUGACGAAGUGCCUUUUGCCACUUGUGCCUGGAGGGGACUGCUGGCUAGCCUCCUGCCUUCCGACUAUGCCCCCUGUGCUGAUAGCUGUAUUUUACCCUGCAAUAAGGUUUAUUUGGGUAUUUCUGCCGAGUUGUUCGGGACUUCCAGUAUGUGAGUAGUGCUACCCCAGGUAGCUAUGCCAUGGAGAUAAUUCGUGUAAUGAAAGACUAUGUAAAAGACUUUGGCUCCAUGGCGAUUGAAUUGUAUGUAUGUGAUCUGAGCGCCAUUCAAUUAUAAUGUGCACUCAGAUCUAAGCUAUCUGGGGAUAUGUUGCAUGUAUAUGUUUUAUGUAGUAAUUGUAACAUUGUGUAAUUUUGUCUUUUUGUAACCAUGUUAAUGGAGUCUUGCCUUUGUCCUGGGAGAUAAUUUGAUUACUUCCCAAUUAUCUCCAGGAUAGAGAGGAGGGAUUGUGAUGUCACUGUGGGAGUGUUUUGUUUGUAUUGUCUGUGAUUGGUUAUACUGUGUCCCACCCUGUGAGAUGUCCCCUUGCAUGGGGACUUGCAUAAAAGCCAGUGUGUGGUCAUUAAAACCAGAUCAUCUUGUACCUUUCUUGAAGCCUUGGCUCAUGUUUGGGGGAUUGGAAAACUACACUCUGGGGAUUACUAUACUCCCCAGGGUAUGAUCACUAAGCUCUAAGAGCUUGUUCCUGUUCAUGCUCUCCGGGGAAAGAGAGGUUAACCCCCUGGAAGCUGGAUCCUAACCUUGGGUCCAGGGUGGGAGGAGACAACGAGACCCCGGCGCAGCUGCAUCACCGGAAGUGGGGUCUGAAGUGCUGAUGGUGUCGGUUGGAGGGCUUGGAGGCCUCAGCGAGCACUAGGAGCAUCUAUUGGCGGAGGUAUUCAGUCGGAGGGCCAGCGGUCCGUCACACCUCCAUUUACAUAUUCCCAUCUCUAUUACACUCACCUAUUCUCUCAUCUCAUGCCUUGCACUUAUUUUCCUAUUCUUUUACUCCUACCCACAAUCAAUCUCAUCCUAGACCUCAUGCAUACAAAACCCAUUCAUUCCUCCUGUCACUUUCUCUCCUCCUGCUUCUAGCAGCUGGUGAUCUCUCCCCCAAGCCAGGGCCCUUCACCUUCUCUACACACACUAAGAAAACCAGAAACCCCACAAACCUUAUCACAAUACCCUGCCCUUUACCCUCACUCACCAACAUUCAGUGCGCACUUUGGAACGCACGCUCAAUCUGCAGUAAUUUAAAAUAAACAGCCAUACACGACUUUCAUCUCAAACUCACACUACUCGCACUUACAGAGACCUGGCUGUCCCCCUUUGAUAGCGCUACUCUUGCUUCUUUGUUUUGGCGGGCUCCAAUUCUCUCUCACUCCCAGACUAAACUGUAAAGGAGGUAGUGUAGGCAUUCUUCUCCCAUCAAUGUACCUUUCAACCAAUCAUAACUCCCUCUGCCCUAUCCUUUUCUUCUUUUGAAGUUCACACUGUCCGCCUAUUUAAACCCACUCCUUUAAGAAUUGCUAUCAUCUACCGCCUCCCCUGUCAUCCUAGGCUAUUUAUUGAGCACUUUUCUUCCUGGCUUCCCCACUUCCUCUCAUCUAGCAAUUCUUCCCUUAUAUUUGGGGAUUUCAAUAUACCAAUCAACAACCCCAACUGCACUGAUGCAUCUUGUCUGCUCUCUGUUAACCACCUCUUUUGGCCUUACGCAAUGGUCCAAUUUAGUAACCCAUUCAGAGGGAAACACUCAAUCUCUCCAUCGCCUCUAAUCUCUCCAAUAUUCCUUUUCCUCUAUCUGACUACCAUCUGUUGACUUUUGACAUUGGCAUACCUAAGACCCAAUUGACCUCAUCGUCUGGACAUCAAUCACACAGAAAUCUCCAAUGUCUUGACCUAGAGCAUUUCUCCACUAAUCUCCAAUCUCUCCUUUUACCUAUCUCAAACCUCACCUGUCCUAGCUCUGCAACCUCCUUCUACAAUUCCACCCUCUCAUCCCAACUAGAUAUCAUUGUACCUCCUACAUUCAAAUGUAGCAAGUGCCCCAACAACAACCUUGGCACACCAAGCUGACUCGAUAUCUACAAAUAUGCUCUAGAACUGCUGAACGCUGUUGGAGAAAGUCUCACUGUGCAUCUAACUUUCUCCACUAUAAAUUUAUGCUGCGCUCAUACAGCUUGACUCUUUCCUUUGCAAAAGUAAAUUACUUCUAUAACCUUAUAACCACACUCUCCCACAAACCCAAAUGACUAUUUCACACAUUUAACUCUCUUCGCCAUAUUCUUCCUCCACCUACUAACUUGACCGCCUCAGACUUUGCAACUCACUUCACUGACAAUAUCUCUUCAAUCAGGGAAGAGAUCUCACAUCUUUCUUCUUCCCCUUACAAUACUUCCCCUAACUUCACUCCCUCUGCUGUUCUAUGUCCAUUCGCACCCGCUACAGCAGAAGAGGUUUCUGCUUUGCUCCAGUCCUCCCGCCUCACCACCUACUCCCUAGAUCCAAUAACCUUGCAUCUCGUCUGUACUGUCUCCUUCUCUUACUAUACCUCUCACUAAAAUUCUCAAUCUCUCUCUCCUCUAUUUCCAUCGCCCUUCAAACAUGCAACUAUAACCCCAAUUCUAAAGAAGCCCAACCUUGACCCUAACUCACCGUCCAACUUCCGUCCUAUCUCGCUACUGCCUUUUGCAUCCAAGAUCCUUGAAAGAGUUGUGUAUGCGAGAUUGACAGACUUCCUCAUGUCCAAUUCUCUGCUAGACUUGCUUCAGUCUGGUUUCCGCGCUAAGCACUCUGUAUAAACCGCACUGACCAAAGUAUCCAAUGAUCUACUCGCUGCAAAAAUCUCAUGGUCACUAUUCUAUCCUAAUUCUCCUUGACCUUUCUGCGGCUUUUGACACUGUUGAUCAUCAACAGCUUUUUGUCAUCCUCCACAAUAUCGGUCUACAAGAUAUUGCUCUCUCCUGGUGCUCUUCCUACCUCUCCUGAAAUUCUGGUCUUUCCUCCCUCAAUUGUUGCUACUCCUGUGUCUGUCUCCCUCCAAGUCAACGGUGCUACCAUCAGUUCCACCAUGCAGGCUUGCUGCCUAGGUGUUCUCUUUGACUCCAACCUCUCGUUCACGCCUCAUGUUCAGUCUAUCGCCAAAUCCUGCUGCUUCCAUCUCAAAAACAUUGCGCGCAUCCGACCCUACUUAACGCCAAAUUCGACUAAGGUGCUGGUCCAUUCCACUGUCCUUUCUCACCUUGAGUGGUCUUACGUGCUCCCAACUUGCACCGUUACAGUCCAUAAUGAAUGCGGCGGCGAGGCUCAUAUUCCUGUCUGCCCGCACAGCCCACACCUCACCCUUCUGUCAGUCCCUACAUUGAUAUAGGGCUCAAUUUAAAAUUCUGGUUCUUGCUUUCAAAUCUCUACAUAAUGCUGCUCCCACCUAUCUAUCGUCCUAAUACAAAAGUAUGUCCCAUCUAGGCCCUUACGCUCUGCUGAAGACUUAGGUCUAUCUUCUGUCACUACUCCCACCUCUGAUGCUUGCCUUCAAGACUUCUCAAGGGCUGCACCGUUCCUGUGGAACUCUUCUCCCCUCCUCCCCCCCUCCCCCCCCCUCUGUCAGAUGCUCACCCAGUCUCCAUUCUUCAAAAAAUCAUUAAAAACCCACUUCAUAAAAGCAUAUCAAUUAAACUGGUAAUAGCUCCCGACUGAUUCCUCUCUUGCAACUGUCAUUAGUCUAAUACUAUCCUUACCUUUUGUGUCCCUAUACCCCACCUUAUAACCUCUGGUUACAACUACAUGUUCGUUCGUCCACCCACUGUAAAGCACUGCGGAAUUUGUUGGCGCUAUAUAAAUAACAUAAUACUAUGAAGAAGCUGUUCACAUUAAAAAGCUUUUAGGUACAGGCUAUAGACACCCGCAGUACUACAUUAAGCUGUGGCUAUAGUGUCCCUUUAGUGUUUAUCAGACUGGUUAACCAUUGUAUGAACUUGCAGUCAUUGAAUAUUGUUAAAACCUUACUUUAUCCCAGGGCAUUAUAAAUUCUUAGACACCUAGCUUACUAAUGCCUUGUUACCAUCUCUAACUCUUAAAGCAUCCUAAGUCUACUUUUGCAUGUCUUUAAUAAUGCUAAAUCUAAAAUGCCCUUAUCAGCCUUCUUGACUCAUGUAUUUGAUUCAGUUGUUCAUGCCUUUUACUCUCUCCUUUUUAUUGGCAUCUGUAAUCUGUUAUAGCUCACAUCCUAUCUUUCUUUGGUGGCUAUCUCUGGCACAUACUGCAAUAAAACCUUGGCCCUAACAUUUUUUUAAAUUCUUUUUUCGUGCAUGAGUUAAUUUAACAAGCAUCCAUGUCAUGCCCCAACUGCAGUGACAUGCAUUGAAAUUGACAAAGUAUAACAGUUGUGGCAUAUGAAAUCGAUGCACAUUUUUGUAUGAGGGUUAUCAAAGGAAACAAGAUGAUAGCCAGUGGUGUGGCUCUAACAGUUUAUGCAUCUAAUAGCUCUAGUUUCACCAAGUCUUUCUUCACUCCCAGUAUAAAGCGAAACAAUCUUUAAUGCCAUAUUGCUGUAUAAUUGUGGAUUUCUCCGUAAGCUAAAAUGUAAUUACUCCUAAAAUCAUUAAUAUCCCUUCGUUAACUGCACCUAUUCUGUUUAUACCACGUGACAGCCGAACACUACCUAAAGGGAGCUAUACAUUAAUAUUUCCUGUAAGACUUGUAUUAAUGAAGUAAUUCAUGAAUUCAUUUCACUCAAUUCCUCUUCCGCACAUUUUUGUCUAUAAUGUUGAAGCCAUUCUCAACUUGGCUUUCAAACUUUAUUUCAUACUUAUUAAACAAAGUCUCUCUACACAGUGCAGCAUGAUCUUGACACUGAUUUACUGUAUUCCACACAUUUUUGUGCUGGUUAGAGACAUAGUUAAUAUUUAAGGUGGAAAUUUAUGAAAUCUCAUUAUUGAUUGUGCCAAGUUCAGAUUAAAGUCAGUUGAUUUAAAAAAAAAAAAAAAAUUUAGGUUGCUAUUAGUUGCUUUAAAUCUGGUUAAACCACUUUUUCAACCUGAUCAAUAUUUUUAUAGAACCCUAUUACAGUGAAGUUGGCUCUUAAAACAUCCAUUUACACGUGGAAGUGAUCAUUUUGAAAUUGCAUCACCAUUUUAAACAUAAAUCUUUGAAACUAGUGCAUCUUGUAAUAAUACCAGUCAGGCAAUAGAUUUAAAUGGGAUAAUUGCAGUAUCAGUAACUACACAAAGUCUCCCUUAGAAGGGGUUUAAAAGCACCUUACGUUAAAGGCCGCGCAAGUAUGCAGGCGCUGGCCCCGUCCCGAUCCGUCUCCUUGGUGACGUUAAAAUUUUAAAUUUUUAGCCAUUCCAAUGCUCCGCCCCCUCCUGUGUUUUAUUCACACUGUUUAUUCCCCUCUCCUCCCCUCCUCCCCCCCCCUUUGGGUUUCAUUCUCCCCUGUGGGUUUCAUUCCACACAGGCCCCUUCCGCUCCCCCCGUCUCCCCUCCGAUGUCAGCCAUUUACCUGCAAACAGAUAUUCUGUAACUUGGUUGUAGUUUAAUCUUACAGCAGUUAGCAAUAUUGGCUUUGUUGCAAGGAAAAGUUUGAUUUAGCCUAUUAGUUAUAGUUUUCUGAAGGACCAAUAAUUUGUCAGGUUUAAUUUGUUGCAUCAAUCUCCACAGUUCAGUGUGACACAUUUAUUUUUAUUUUCUCUUCAGGUGGAGUACAUGUUGGUGUCGUUUGAUCAUGAACACCAAAAAGUACGGCUAGUACUUAAAGGAGAGGAAAUGCUGGACACUCUUCAAGACCAAGGAGAAAAAAUAAAUCCUAAGUAAGUGUAGAACAAUUGCAAUCUGCCUUUUUAUUGAGCUUUGUUUAUAUAACAGGUUGAAGUUUCUAGUGUAUAUUUUAUAUCUAUGUGGCUCUAAAUUUUCAUUCACGUAAUACCAUAUGAAGUAAUUUCCUGCGAUAAGAAUUUGUUGAUGCAAUAUUGAACCUACGAAACUUGAAAAUGGCUGUUGCAAUAUUUUCUAUAGAUUAUUCUGGAACUGUUAAAUAAUGGCCGAUUUUAAUUCUAAACAAUUUUUAGACACCAUAGUUCAUUGUUGUGGCUAAAAAAAAUAUAUAUAUAUAUUUUUAAACAUAUAAAAUGUUUUCUCUGGAUGCAGCCAUCCAACACUUUGGAGACCAGAAUAUGGUAGUUACAUGAUUGAGGGUACGCCAGGACAACCUUAUGGUGGUACCAUGUCUGAAUUUAACACUGUGGAAGACAACAUGAGGAAAAGACGUCUGGAAGCCUCCUCAUUACUGGAAGAGAAUACGUCAAUUUGCACAAUAACAUCCUUUCCAAGGUAACUAAAUUGGCUAGUUUUAUUUUUUUUUAUUUUUUUUUCCCCACUUUCAAGAAUAAACUUUACAUCACACGUUUUUAGUAUUUAAGUGCUUUAGAGGCCAGCAUUUGUGAAUUUAUUUUCUUCAGUCUUUCAAUCUUUCUAAUGAAAACACUAUAUAUCUCUCUCUCUCUCUCUCUCUAUAUCUAUAUCUAUAUACACAUAUAAUAAAAUUAUAAAGAGACUUGUGCAAUCACAUAGAAGAGCUACUGUAGCUCAAAUUGCUGUAAAACAUAAUGCUGGCCACAAUAGAAAGAUGUCAGAACAUACAGUGUCUUGCAGUUUGCUGCAUAGCCAAAAGCUAGAGUGGCUAUAAUAGCCACCUCCGAAAGAUCUUUCAAUGGGGAUGUGCCUGAUUCGUCAGACCUAGCUACCUUCUUCCAUUGCUCCAUGGUCCAGUUCUGUGUUAUGCUCUGGGAAUCCUUGGGUCCUUGCAUUCAUUUGGAUGAUACUUUGAUAUGUACAAUCUACCUAGAGAUUGGUGCAGACAACUUAAACCCCUUCAAGGCAAUGGAGUUUCCUGAUAGCAGCGGUCUCUUUCAGAAGGAUAAUGAACACCUCAAAAAAUGUUUUAAGAAUGGUUUGGGGAACAUAACAAAGAGUUUAGGUCCCUUGCCUCCAAAUUUCCCAGGUCUCUAUCUGAAGCAUCUUUGGGAUGUGUAUAGAAUCCUACGCAGGACACAUUUUGAGGUCUUAUAGAGUUCAUGCCUUGAUGCAUCAGAGCUAUUUUGGCAGCACUAGGGGGGCCUACAUGAUGUUAGGCAGGUGGUUUUAAUGAUCAGUGUAUGUAGAGAUGCAAUAUAUUUGCUCUUGUAUGUCCGGUUGAAAUCAAUUGUAAAGUUGUGUAACAGAAUCUCAAAUUAGAGGUAAGCUUGCAAAAUUAACUAUUUGGUAGUAAUUGCCCUAGAUAAUUUACUGCAGUUUUUUUUUUAUUUUAUUUUUUUACAUUUAAAGGUGCAAAGUGAUUAUAUAUAAUUGUACAUUGAGUGUAGUGGUUAUAAUGCUUAAAGACCUAUACAUAUGGUGUGAACACUGCUGUAUAUAGUAUACUUUACUUUUGUAGGCUUGGAUGUCCAGGAUUUACAUUACCUGAAUUUCCACCAACGCCAGUGGAACAAGGGGCUUCAAAGUCCCUCUUCUUCCCUGAUGAAGCAAUUAACAAACACCCUAGAUUUAGGUAAGUUUAAGAAUUUUGGACUUGAGCUUGCACAAAAAACUAAAUUCGUUGGAGUCCAGUAUUUUUUUAUUUAAAUUUUUUUCCUCUUUUUCUCUCCAAAGUACUUUAACAAGAAAUAUUCGACACAGAAGAGGAGAAAAGGUGGCUAUUAAUGUACCAAGUAAGUAUUGGUCAUUAUAAAUUGUAUUGUUUUGUUUCCUCUGCCUCUAUUUUAAUCUUCCCAUAUUUUUUUUUUUUUUUUUUCACCAUCUGCAGUUUUUAAAGAUCGGAACACACCAUCUCCAUUUAUUGAAAGAUUUCAUAAUGAUAGUGGAGAUGAUGCCAAAGCAGCUUUGCCAAAUCAUAUAUACAUGGAUGCAAUGGGAUUUGGCAUGGGCAACUGCUGCCUUCAGGUAAGCUUUGCAAAAUUAAGAUGACUGAUGUUUAAACAUGUCCUUUCUUCCGAAGUUUUUGUAAAAUAAAUAUUCUAUAUAUCAUCAUUGCAACUGUAUUGUUACCAGUUCACCUGUAAUACUUAAAUUGUAUGUAUUACGUUUAAAAAAAAAAAAGUAUUGUCACAAUUGUAUGGAUGCAUAGCAGUAUGUGUUGCACAAUUACCAAUGUAUAAUUAGACAAAUGGAGGUUAUUUAGUUACUCCAAUGGACAUUGGAGGGAAUGUCCGCCUACCAACGUCAAGGCAGACCCCCCCUAAGCGGAUCCUACACUGACCCUUCACCUUGUUUCCUUGAGCUUCUGGCAAAGAUAUCUCUGAGACAGAGAGGGGUAUUUUUUUUUAUAUACACCUCUAUAUACUUAUUAUUAUUAUUAUUAUUAUUGCCAUUUAUAUAGCGCCAACAGAUUCCGUAGCGCUUUACAAUAUUUUGAGGGGAUGUAACAAUAAAUAGGACAAUUACAAGAAAACUUACAGGAACAAUAGGUUGAAGAGGACCCUGCUCAAACGAGCUUACAGACUAUAGGAGGUAGGGUAUUAGAAACAUUAGGACAUGGAAUAUCAGGUAGGAGUGAAGCAGAGCUGGAGGAGAGAGCAAAGCACUGUCCCAUAGGAGAGAACAGGAGACAGGUAUGCAAGGUAGAGAUUACUCUGGGAGGCCAUAAGCUUUCCUGAAGAGAUGGGUUUUAAAGCCCUUCUUAAAUGAUUGAAGACUAGGGGAGAGUCUGAUGGCAGUAGGCAAGUUAUUCCAUAGGAGAGGAGCCGCCCGCGAUAGUCCUGCAAGCGCGAGUUGGCCGUACGGGUGCGAGCAGCGGUCAGGAGGUGGUCACGAGCAGAGCGCAGGGUACGAGGAGGGGCAUAUCUAUGGAUUAGUGAAGAGAUAUAAGCGGGGCUAGAAUUGUUCAGUGCUUUAAAUGUAUGGGUUAGCACUUUGAAUUGACUCCUAUAGCAUACAGGGAGCCAAUGUAAGGACCGGCAGAGGAGUGAGGUGUGAGAGGACCGACUAGAGAGGAAAAUCAGUCUAGCUGCAGCAUUCAUUACAGACUGUAGCGGGGCAAUACGGCUUUUGGGGAGACCAAUCAGGAGAGGGUUACAGUAAUCCAUGCGGGAAAUUACUAGAGCAUGGAUAAGCUCCUUGGUAGCAUCUUGCGUAAGAAAGGGUCGAAUGCGGGCUAUGUUUUUGAGUUGGAACCUACAGGACUUGGUAACAAACUGGAUGUGAGACUCAAAGGUGAGACCAGAGUCAAGUAUGACGCCAAGACAGCGCGCUUGCAGGGAUGGACUUAUGUGGAUAUCACUGACUUGAAGGGAGAGCGAGAGAGGAGGAUCAGUAUUAGGAGGAGGAAAAAAAAGUUCAGUUUUAGAGAGGUUAAGUUUCAGAAAGCGUGAGGACAUCCAGUCAGAGAUGGAAGAAAGGCAAGCAGUGACACGUUGCAGGACGGCAGGGUCCGGGGUGGAGAGGUAUAUCUGAGUGUCAUCAGCGUACAGGUGGUAGUGGAAUCCAAAAGAGGCAAUAAGUUUCCCAAGAGAGGCAGUAUAAAGAGAAAAUAGGAGACCAAGGACAGACCCUUGGGGAACUCCAACCGAGACAGGACGAGGGGAGGAGGUGUCCUUGGAAAAGGAGACACUGAAUGAGCGUUGGGAGAGAUAGGAGGAAAACCAAGAGAGGACAGAAUCACAGAAGAGUUUGAAGGAGGAGAGCAUGAUCAACGGUGUCAAAGGCAGCAGAGAGGUCAAGGAGAAUUAAUAUGGAGUAGUGACCUUUGGAUUUAGCGGAGAUUAGGUCAUUAGUCACUUUGAUAAGAGCAGUCUCAGUAGAGUGGAGAGGGCAGAAGCCAGACUGAAGAGGGUCAAGGAGAGAGUUGGAAUUAAGGAAGAGGGACACACGGGUAAAGACAAGUCUUUCCAAAAGCUUUGAUGAGAAAGGGAGCAGGGAUAUGGGACGAUAGUUAGAAGGGGAGGAUGGGUCAAGAGAUGGUUUUUUUUUUUCAGGAUAGGUAUUACAGUGGCAUGUUUAAGGUCAGCAGGAACAGUGCCAGAAGAGAGAGAGCAGUUAAAGAUGUGUGUUAGGGUAGGCACAAGACAAGGGGAGAUAGAUCUGAUGAGGUGAGAUGGGACAGGAUGGAGUGGGCAAGUGGUGGGGUGAGAGGAAUGGAGAAGCGCAGCCACCUCUUGUUUCAGUAGCCGGGUAGAAAGUCUGGAGGGUAGGGAAAGCAAGAUUUACAUGUGGUUGAGAAAGAGAACGGCAAGGAGGGGAGAAUUGUUUCCUUAGCUGUUCGAUCUUGUCAGUAAAGUAGCAUGCAAAGCUAUCAGCUGUAAGGUUAGUUUGGGGUGUGGCCACAGCAGGGCGGAGAAGGGAAUUAAAGGUGUCAAAGACGUCUGGGAUUGCGGGAGCAUGAACUAAUGAGAGAGGAAAAGUGUGACUCUUUGGUAAGAGCGAGGGCUGCGCUGUAUGAAAGCAACAUGAAUCUAUAAUGGAGAAAGUCUGCCUGGGUGCGGGACUUCCUCCAGGAGCGUUCAGCACAACGGGAGCAACUCUGCAGAUAGCGUGUUGAUUUAUUAUGCCAAGGUUGGGGUCGUGUCCUCCUCGAGGUGCAUGUUUGGAGUGGGGCUGCAGCGUUCAAGGCAGAUGUGAGGGUAGUGUUAUGUGGAGAUGGCCAGUGAGGGACAGGAGAGGGAAGGGAUGGAUAGCAGUUGUGAAUCAAUGUCAGCUGACAGCUGCUGGAGGUUAAUAGAGUUAAGGUUCCUCCUGAGCUGAGGGGGUUAGGCUGAGAUUGUUGGGUGAGAGGGUAAUUGAGAGCAAAUGAUAAGAGGUGGUAAUCAGAGAGAGGAAAUGGAGCGUUGCAGAUAUUAGAUAUUGUACAUGAAUAAGAGAAAAUAAGGUUGAGGGUAUUGCCAGCUACAUGAGUGGGAGAAUUAGCCCACUGCAAAAGUCCAAGGGAGGAAGUGAUUGAAAGUAGUUUAGAGGCUGCUGGGGUUAAAGGUGGGUUAAUGGGAAUAUUGAAGUCUCCAAGAAUUAGGGAUGGGAUGUUGGAAGAGAGGAAGUAGGGUAGCCAGGCAGCAAAGUGGUCAAGGAAGAGGAGAGGGGAACCAGGGGGACGAUAGAUUACGGCAAUGUUAGCAGAGAAGGGUUUGAAAAGGCGAAUUGAAUGAAUUUCAAAUGAUGGGAAAGAGAGGGAAGGGGGGGUGGACAGGGUUUUAAAGGAGCAGUGUGGUGAGAGAAGAAAACCUACACCGCCACCUUUAAUCUCUGCUUGUCUUGGAUUGUGGGUAAAGUGAAGACCACCAAAGGACCGUGAGGCAGGUGUAGCAGUAUCAGAGGGAGAGAGCCAUGUUUCUGUUAGUGCAAGUAGGUUUAGGGAGUGUGAGAUAAAUAGGUCAUGGAUGGAAGUAGAUUUAAAGGUGCUGCACACAGAGCGUGCAUUCCAGAGGGCAGCUUUAAAAGAGGAAUUAUAGUGGGUAUUAGGUUGUUGUGGUUUCUGGUGUUUGUACCAGGUGGCUGAGUAGUGGAGGGACCAGGGUUUGGAGAGAUAUCACCUGCUGCUAGGAGUAGUAGGAUGGAAAGGAAGAGAAGGUGGGAGUAAGAUUUAAAUGUUGGGGAUGAGAGCUUGUAUUUAAGGUAUUUAGGAGGGGUGUGUUGAGAAAGGCUGGAUAAAUAUGAAUAAAGUGCGUGUGAUGAAUACAGAGAUGAGGGGAUCAGAGAUGGAGCAAUGAAGAUGGUGUUAGCAGGAACAGGCAAGUAAAAUGAUAGAGAGAUUUUAAUGAUGAGGGAAGUGAGAGAGAAAGUGAAAAAUAGAAGUGAGAACAUUAGUAGGAGAGUAAGUGCUGUGUUUUUAAGAGCUGUGGUUAGGAGGGAUUAAGGGUUAAAGAGGUAUUGUGUGAGUAUAGCUAUUUUGGGUGUGGAGGGCUUGGUGGACAGAGGCUAACAUAAUUGGUUUAACAGGAAAGGUAGGUAAUUUGAGCUAUCUAUAAAUGUAGUGAUUACCAUGGGGAGUGUGGGGUAGGGUGGGUGGGAAGCGAUCAUCCAGUAAAUGCUACCUCUGCUUAUGGCAAGUCCUGCAGGGUUGUGUGCUGGGAGUCCUGGGUGUAGCUGAUUCAAUAUUGUAUGGGGCCCAGGCUAUAAAGGAGAGAAUCUGGGGUUAGAUAAAGCAGAUUGUGGGUGGAGAAUCAUUGGGGUGUUACAAACAAAAAUCAAGGAAAAAACAGAUGAAAGGGAAUAUAAAUUUAAGGAUAUGAGGGAAUGGCAGAGAUAAGAUAGGUAAAAGUCAUAAAUAGGGAACAUCAUAAAUUAAUGAGGCAUAGAGUGCAAUAACUAACACUAGCAAAACAAACAUGUAACUAAACAAGAGUUAAAGGAUGGAGGGUGCAAUAGUCCUCAAUUAAGCAGCAGUACUGUUGGGGGGUGGAUAAAGAAAGAAAUACAAUUUAAAACAAAAAUAGGAGAAAUAAGAAGUCCAGGUAUUCAAGAUGAUCAUCCAGUAAAUGCUACCUCUGCUUAUGGCAAGUCCUGUAGGGUUGUGUGCUGGGAGUCCUGGGUGUAGCUGAUUCAAUAUUGUAUGGGGCCCAGGCUCUGCUUAUGGCAAGUCCUGCAGGGUUGUGGGAACAUAUGGGAUGGGCGGCAACAUUGUAACAAAGCUGUGUAAUACAAAAAGUGAAUACAAAAAGAGAAGUCCUGCGCUCACUCCCAUCACUCCUGGGUGGCAGCAACGACCACAGUACACAACAGCCCCAAUAUAUAGUAAAAACCAAAGGUAAACGCGUUACAUACGCUCUCUCCUUAAUCCCUAUGUAUAUUUAGACAAAUGGAUGGUGUACAUAAAAAUAAAAUACCCCUCUGUCUCAUUAGAGAUAUCUUUGCCAGAAGCUCAAGGAAGCAAGGUGAAGGGUCAGUGUAGGACCCGCUUAGGGGGGUCUGCCUUGACGUUGGCAGGCGGACAUUCCAUCCAAUGGCCAUUGGAGUAACUAAAUGACCUCCAUUUGUCUAAAUAUACGUAGGGAUUAAGGAGAGCGCAGGUAACUUUUUUCCCUUUGGUUUUUACUAUAUAUUGGGGCUGAUGUGUACUGUGGUCGUUAGUGCCGCCCAGGAGUGAUGGGAGUGAGCGCAGGAAUUAUCUUUUUGUGUUUGCACAACUACCAAUGUUGCUACCCAAUGCUUCUCAUUGCAAUCCUCUUACAAAAAAAUACAAUCACAAAUAUAUAAUAAUGGGGGGUGUUUAUUUUUACUGAACAUUAAAAUAGUGUAUGUCUUUUGGCCGACUAGAUGAACCGAAUGGUUCUUAUCUGCCGUCGCAUUCUAUGUGUCUUUUAUGUUUAACUUAUGUUGAUAUUGUUUUGCCGAUUUUAUAUAUUUAUGCUUUUUCCAUAGGGCUUUCUUGCUGUCGAUUCUUUAAACUACAUUUUUUUCUUUUUUUUUUUUUUCUCCUCUUAUUUUCAAUAGGUAACUUUUCAAGCAUGCAGCAUUUCUGAAGCCAGAUAUUUGUAUGACCAACUAGCUACCAUAUGUCCUAUUGUGGUAAGUGUUCCUGCUAAUUAAGGCAUUUACAGAUGCAAAUGUUGCUGUGAUCUGCAUUUGUUUUAUAAGGCUAUGUGGAUAAGGAACAUUGAUGUUAAUGGGGUUAGUAUGUGUUGAACAAACCGGUUUUGGGGUUAGUGUGUAGGGCUGAACAAACCGGUUUUGAGCUUUUUAUUUUUUUUAUUUUUUUUUUUAAGGGGGGGGCAUGGGGGGGAUUGGGGCCGCACUGCCAGUCAAGAAUUGUUUGGAUUUUUUUUUUCUCCAAAAUUUAAGAUGGCUAUCUGUGCCAAACUGCAUUGAUGUCAGCUGGCAGGUGUGUGGGAGUUUUGCAAACUAUUUACAAUGAAAAGGCCAGUUCUGAUACUUCUUACACAACUGGUGACAAAGGGACAUCCUGCCCCAAUACAAAAAAAAAUAUUAAAAAACAAUUGUGGAGAUUGCCACUUGCAUGCAUCUAAUAAUGCAUUUUUCAUUGGGAGUACAUCCAAAAAGUGCUUGCAAAAACUGCAGAUCCUUUCUCCAACCACAGAUUUCCAAAUUCAGCUCAUAGUUACAUUGUAAGCUAAAUUGAAAAACUCAAGUCUAUAGCUUUCAACUUUUAAAACCUAUCCCUUUAUGUUAUUGAUUCAAAAGAAGGUGAAAAAACCCCACAACUCUAGCCAUUUCCAGUUUGACACACUGGGGAAAAAAUAUGGUCUUCAUAAUGGCAACCUGAUUUCUCCUUGGAUCAACAUUAUAUAUUCUAUCCUUGAAUAUUCCUUUUUUUUUUGUUUUUUUUGGGGGGGGGGGUGGGGACAUCCAGGUCUGUAGAUAUGCGGAUCCCUGUAUAUAUCUGUGUAGUGCAAUCAUAUUCCCUCUGAAUUUUUCUUUUUCUAGCUCUGCAAUAUCUUUCUUGAAAGUUGGUGCCCAAAAUCACACUAAUUGGGGAGUAUUAUCACUGAUUUGUAAAGAAGCAACAUUUUGUAUUUUAUUCACGUGAAUAAAUACGAAUUAUUUUGUUGGUCAAAAUGAAUUAUUGAUUUAAUAUUAUCCUUUAACAUCCCUUCAGCUCACAGAUGUUAAGCUCAAAUUCCUUGGUUUCUAGAUUGAACUUUUAAAUUAUUUUAAAAGGGUCACUAUAAUCACCAGAACCACUACAGCCUAAUGACAACCUUUUUCCUUAUUUUUCUGAUAAAUUUAUGUAAGCUGAAGUGUUUUUCUCAAUGUUUUGCAUGUUGUCUGUUUGAGUUACCAAAUCUAAAUUGUUCAUGUUCUAGAUGGCUUUAAGUGCUGCAGCACCAUUUUACAGAGGAUAUGUGUCUGAUAUAGACUGCCGCUGGGGUGUAAUUUCUGCAUCAGUUGAUGAUCGAACUAAAGAAGAAAGGGGGCUGAAGGUAUGAUUCAGGUGCCACGAGUGGUUAAAUUAAAAUUACUAGAAGUAAAAUAAAGUAUUUGGUGCAAUAUAAAUGCCAGUCAUAACAAGGAAUAGUUAGGGUCCCUGAUUAAAGAAGUUACUUUUUCCAAUGUUUUCUUGUAGUAUAUCAUACUUUUGUGAAUAGGUUUGCAUUUUAUUUAAAUCUGGCAAGUUGUUUACCAAACUGUUACAUUCUCACUUCCGAGGACCCUAGUUUACUGUUAGACCAUAACUAAACUAUUUAAACUAGAAUCCAGUGGACUGAGCCAGGGCACACCAGCCCACAUAACUUUAGAAAGAUAAAAUAUGCAUGAUGCCCAGAGUGUAGAUUUCCCUAAAGGAACACAUUUUGCUAACAGUUCUACUGGUACAGUCUAUUGCUCAAUCAUUUGUGACUCCAUGCUUUUGUUGGGAGUCUCAAUUUGUUGAUACAGAGUACAUUAUUUUCAUCCAGGUGUCCGGCAACUGCCCACAAUAAGUUGUUCACUGUAGCAGGACUGCCUUUUAUAAUGCAGUGAAGACACUGGGAAGAGCCUAAUAAGUGUUUUUACCGUUGUAUACAUAUACAGUUCAAGGAUGGAUCCGGGAACAGUAUUUGAGGUGGUGGGGUGUUCAUGUAUCUCUUUUAUAAAAAAAACAAAAACAAAACAUAUGUAUGUAUAUAUAUGAUUACUUGAUCUUGAGUAUCACCCGCUCCUCCAUUUAAUAUCAGUCAUUGUAGAAGUGUGUGAUGAGGAUGGUAUUUCAGGAAAUAUUGACCAUGGUGUCUUCUGUCUUUGCAGCCUCUGAACAAUAAUAAAUAUCAAAUAAGUAAAUCUCGUUAUGAUUCCAUAGACAGUUAUUUGUCUAAAUGUGGAGAAAAAUACAAUGAUAUUGACUUGACAAUAGACAAAGAGAUCUAUAGUCAAUUAACAAGUGAAGGUAAGUGGUUUUUUUUUUUCUUGAUUGAUUUUUUCAUAAAUGUGAAGUGAACAAAAUUAAAACAAAGUAGUAUAGGUACAAAAGGUUUUCUUAGAACUUGGUACACCACCCAUUUAGUACUGUUAGCAUUGGUAGUAAUAGCAACAUCGGACCAAUAGAAUAACAAAUAUGCAAGACGUAUAAUUAAUCUGAAACUUUGACCAUUCCAUGAGACUGUAUAUUUAGCUUUGUUUUCCAGUAUGUGAAAAUGUAUGUACGAUAAAGUAAGACUGUUAACUUUUAGCGUAUUUGUUGUAGUAAGCCAUGAAUUGCAGGAAUUACAGCAAUGCACAGUUCAGUAAUGCUUCAUAUAAAGAUAGGGGGGUAAAUUACAUCUAUCUAAUGAAGGUCACAGUAUGCUUGUGGACAUUUAAUAGUUUAGAGAUCAAUAUGUCAACAACUGAUGAGGCAGCCUCACUAUCGGAACCCUAAAAAAAAAAAAAAAUGUGGGUGGAAAAAAGGAAAGAGCUGCUUGGGAAGAUAAAUUUCUCCUUUGUCUAGAAUCUAAAGCAACAUCACUGCUUGAGGUGCAUAUCAAACAGAAGGAUACAAGAGAAAGCAGAAUAGUAUAGCAGAGAAAAUUACUGGUUUUCCAUGUAUAGAACUUUUUUUUCUAAAAAAAAUUUAGUCUAAACAUGGGUGUCGUCUUAUACACUGUCACUGCACGGGUUAAAAUAAACACUUGUGUGCAGGGCGUGAUGGCCAACCAAGCUAGUUGCAUGUGGCUGGAGCUCCUUUAAAAAAAAAUCAAAUUAUUAAGUCAAAUACUUACGGUACUUAGCGCAAUUUGGGCACAAAACUUGACUACUAGCUGACAGAAAACUCUGCUUACUGUUGGGGUCGCUACUGCCAGGUUCCUGCGGGCAUAGGCUGUGUUGUACACCUCCGCGACCUUCUGACAUACAUUAAGCAGAGGCGGCACUUCCUGAAUUUGAUUGGUUGUGUAAGAUCUUGGGAGAUCUUGCGCAAACGCAUGCUUUCUCGCAUGACUCUGGACCACGCCAAGACCUCACAUCUCCGCACUACAGAUAGAUGCUGCAGGUUGAGGCUAUUCCUGGAUACUUUAGGGUACCGCGGGCGGAGGGCAUAGUUGCCGCCAACAGCAGGAUGGCAGUCCAUGGAACCAGUGGCCAGACCUCGGGGAGCAGCUUACCAGAGUGUGAGGGGGCAAAGGACUGGUGGGGACUUAAGUACUAUAGAUGUUUAAAAUAUGUUUCUUAAUUUUAGGGGCCGUCUUAUACAUGGGGAAAAAUACGGUAUUUGAACAGGAUGGGGGGAGGGGAGAUGACAAGGGAAAUGGCUCCAAAUUAAUAUGCUACGCAGUAAAACCAGGUAGCAACUUAAAUUUUAAUAACAUAUGGUAUUUUAGCAUAUUUUUCUUAUUCAUCUGUAAAUGUCCCUGCUACCGGAAUCAGGCCUGCAUGUUCUUAAAUAUUGAGUGGAUUACUGGGAAAUUGCAUAGAGUACUGGUAUGAAAUUAAGUGAUGUUGGUUUACAAAUUUUAGUACACCUAAAUAGUUUAACUACCUUUUAUAUGUAUGUUUCUUUACACAAGACAAGCAAGAGUUGUGUGUAUGGAGUACAUUGUAAAAAAUAAAAUAAGAGCAGGUAUUGUGUUGAUGAUCUCUAAUAUAAAGUAUGCAGGUAGGUUACAGUGUUUACACCUCUAGCAUUCAUAUAUCUUUCCACUAUUAGAAAUUGUUGAUCCAACAACGCUGAGCAUCCAAUGUGUGUUAAAACUAAUUCUGUUGAACUAGCUGAAGGUUUUGUUUGUGUUCUGCAGUAUAUAUUUGUGCUCUUAUUUUGCAAAUGGCAUACUGCCGUUUUGGAUUUAAAAGUGGUAGAGGUGCACAAUGUUGCCCAGAUAUUUUAAUAUAUGCAUUGGGCUAUUCACAGAUUUGUAUUCCUAGUUCUAUUAUAUCCAUUCUAAAAAACAAACAAACAAAAAAAAGGCACGUGUGGGAAGCUGGUUUGAUUUGCUUUCAUUAGUGUAAUGCUUGUAACCAAGACACAGGAUAGUUUACAAUAGUUCCAUAACAUGUGUAAGACCUUAGCUAUGUUGUGAACCCCAUUUUUUUUUCUUGGUACAGGAAUUGAUCAUCUAUUAGCCCAACACAUUGCACAUCUUUUUAUAAGAGACCCAUUGACUUUAUUUGAGGAAAAAAUACACCUGGAUGAUGUCAAUGAAUCAGACCAUUUUGAGGUAAGGUGUGUGUGUGUAGAGAAUGACAUUGCUUUAAAUAUCCAAUUGUCUGUACUGUGUAUCAGUGUUGCUAAUUAUGCACCCCUGUAUAGUCAGUCUGUUCAUUUUACAGUAAAUAAACCCAGCCCAAUAUAAAUGUUGCACAGUUUGGUGUAAAAAAUAAAAAAAUUACAUAGCCUGGAAACUUAUUUUUUAUUCUCAAUUUUACAGAACAUUCAGUCAACAAACUGGCAGACCAUGAGAUUUAAGCCUCCCCCACCAAAUUCUGAUAUAGGCUGGAGAGUGGAAUUCCGCCCAAUGGAGGUAUACAAAUGAUCGUUAUAAAAAAAACUGUUGAACAAUAUUUAACUGUUAAAUUAACGUGUGAGACACAACAACAAAAGGCACAAAUUAGACCAGCUGUAAAGUAAACGUAAUAACUUGAAUACGGUCUUUGUACCUUAUGUAGUUGUAACCCAUUUUGAAAUUAUCUCUGGCGUUAAGAGCUUUUACAAUAACUUUUGUGCGUAUUUUCAACAUUCCAUUUAAAAAAAAAAAUUAAAAAAAAUUUCAAUUGUAGGUUUACUUGAAUAAAAUAUUUUUCUCUCAAUGAGCUGGAAUAUUGUGCCAGUAGAUGAAUAUUUAAUACUUAAAAACGUAUUGGCGCCCAUGUGGAACCUCAUAAUGCAGGUUUUAUAUUCUAGAAGUUCUAUGGCUUUUGACUGUAUCUUAUAGAAAUGUACAAAUUUCCUUUUUGGUGUGAAAUUGCCAUUUUUAUUUGCUGGUGCUUGAUAUUUGAAGCAAAUAAAGAGUAGUAGGUGUGAGAAAUAUAGAAAAUAAAUAAAUACCACCUAGGGAAGAACAAACUGGAAAUAGUGUAAUCACGUAACAAAUAUGUACACAUGCAAUGAUAAUGCUAAAAACUCACAAGAUUUGAGAAAAUAUUCCGGCUCAUUAUCCUUCCAUAUUGGGGUGAUAGAUAUAGGUUUUCUAAUUGGCUAGAGGUUUUCUUGUACGUAAAAAGAGCAGAAAAAAUGCAGAUAGUGCAGAUGGUAAUAUUCACAAUAGAUUUAUUAAAAAUGCACUUACAAGGUAGAUAAAAUACAGCAUCUCUCCAUAAUAUAUAGAUCCCUAGAUACCACUUAAUCGAUGGGUUAAGCUUCAGAAUGGACACUAAUCUUCGAGAUGAUAGAAUCUCUCAAAGAAGUAUAUAACUUAAAUAAAAACAAAAUAAGAACAGGUAUACACAGUCCUUGAAGGGUGUAUAUGUGACUCGUUUCGUCUUCUAGACUUCCUCAGGAAUGGUGGUCUCUGCUUGAUAUUUCACAAUAAGUUGCCAAAAUGCAUUUUCCUAUUGUAGCAUGUUUAUUUCUGUCAUGUGCAGUUAAUUUUUAUUUAUUUAUUCUCUCUCUAGGUCCAGUUAACAGAUUUUGAAAACUCUGCUUAUGUUGUGUUUAUAGUUUUGCUGACAAGAGUUAUUCUUUCAUAUAAGUUGGAUUUUCUCAUCCCUUUGUCAAAGGUAAAUGCAGUCAAUAUAAUGCAAUGUCUGAGGUCUUCAAUAAAAAUAUUGGCAGAAAAUAUCUAUCCAUUUACAAAUAGGUGAAGAGAGGAAAUGUGUGGUUUUGUUUUUCUUCCAGUGGUUUUCAAGUUGCCAAUUGAUAUUCCACAUUGCAAGUAUCCUACAAAUAUUGCUUAUAUAGUCUUAAUAAUAGGAGAUAGCUGUGUAAUCUAGGUUUAUAGUCCACUUAUUCGGUUUUAGUUUGACAGUAAAAAAUUUUUAAUGACUAAUUUUUACAGGUGGAUGAUAAUAUGAAGGAGGCCCAGAAAAGAGAUGCAGUGCGACAGGGAAUGUUCUACUUUAAAAAAGAUAUAUGUAAAGGUAACUCACUUUAUAGUUAAUUUUAACCCCUUAAGUACCGAGGACGGUUCAGGACUAUAUGUCAUACUAUGUGUAUUUUUAUAUUAAUAUAAAAAUACACUUAUAAUUAAAUUGCACACGUGUGUAUAUAUAAUAUAUAAUAUAUAACUGUAUAUAUUGUGUGUGUGUGUGUGUGUGUGUGUGUGUGUGUGUGCGUGUGUAUAUAUAUAUAUGUAUAUAUAUGUAUAUAUAUAUAUAUAUAUGUAUAUAUAUAUAUAAUUAUAAAAUAUAAAUUUUAAAUUAAUUUUUUUUAAAUAAUAAAAAUUGAAAAAAAUUAUAUCUAAAUGAAAUUUUAUUCUAACUGUGUUUUAAAAUUAAUAUAUAUAUAUAUAUAUUUAUAUCAAAAUACUUAGAAUGAAUUUGUAUAUAUAUCUAUGUAUAUAUAAAUAAGUAAAAAUAAUACGAAAUAUACAUAUGUCCAUAUACAAAAUUACAUAAAUAAUUAUAUAAAUAUACUCGUAGUUUUCAAAUAUAUAAAUAUGCAUAUAUAUUUAAAUUCUACGUGCGUAUUUAUGUAAUAUAUUUACAUAAUUAAGUAAUUUUAUUGAUUGCAAUUUGAGGGACCUGCCUGCCAACCCAGGCCAAAAGUCCAGAGAAUUUAAUUUGCUAGCACUGUAUUUUACCCUGUAACGUUCUACGACACCCUAAAACCUGUACAUGGGGGGUACUGUUUUACUCGGGAGACUUAGCUGAACACAAAUAUUAUUCAAAAACAGUAAAACAUAUCACUGUGAUGAUAUUGUCAGUGAAAGUGACUUUUUUUGCAUUUUUCACACACAAACCGCACUUUUACUGAUGAUAUUGUUGUGAUACAUUUUCCAGUUUUUAAACACUAGUAUUUGUGUUCAGCGAUGUCUCCCGAGUAAAACAGUACCCCCCAUGUACAGGUUUUAUAGCAUUUUUGAAAGUUACAGGGUCAAAUAUAUGGGUCAAAUAUUUUUACAUUGAAAAUGGCCAGGUUGGUUACGUUGCCUUUGAGAGCGUAUGGUAGCCCAGGAAUGAGAAUUACCUCCAUGAUGGCAUACCAUUUGCAAAAGAAGACAACCCAAGGUAUUGCAAAUGGGGUAUGUCCAGUCUUUUUUAGUAACCACUUAAUCACAAACACUUCAGAUACGUAAAACACUUUAUCAAGCUUAAGUGUUUUGUGUCUGGAAAGUUUCUGUAAGAGAAAUUCCUAAAAAGAAAAUGUUUCUGUAAACAUAUUUCUCAAAAUGUGUAUGAAAUCUGUGUUAAUGUAGGACAAUGCUGUGUUUAGUGUAAUAGUUCUGAUAUGCCUUGUAAAAUUUGUUUGACAGCGGGAAAUCCUGUAGUUGAUGGUUGUUGUACAGCAUAUAAUGGCACAGAAACUGACCCAGAAGAAUAUACCCUAAUGAGCAUUGAUACAAUCAUCAAUGGAAAGGUGAAUACUCACAUAUUCAUGUUUACCCUGUCUUUAUGGAAUACAGCUAUGAGUUCUCAUUAUUAUUUUUAUUUUUAUUCCUAAAGGAAGGUGUAUUUCCAGGCUUAAUUCCAAUCUUAAACUCUUACCUUGAAAACAUGGAAGUGGAUGUGGAUACCCGCUGUACAAUCUUAAACUAUCUUAAGCUUAUUAAGAAAAGGGCUUCCGGUAUGUAUGCAGUGUUAUGUUUUUACGAAACAUUCAUAGUUAAAUGUAUUGCCUUUGAACUUUAUGCAGCGUUAGUUAUCAUUGGCAAAGUCCUUAUUAAAUGUUCAAAAUUCCAACGUUUUACUCUGUAAACAAAGAAGAAAAAUAUGGCUUUGGUGCCAUUGGGUAUAAUGACCAUUCAAAGAUUAAAAAUGGGCCACACUGUGGCCUGUCCCACACCAUUUCCCUCUCAGCUGGUCUAGAGUAAAAUUUAUAAUUCAUAUUUAUAGUGCCUUAUAAAUAUUUUGUUUUCCAAUAACAUGGCUUUAUUUUUUUUAAAUUUUCAUUUUAAUUAGGUGAGUUGAUGACUGCAGCUAGGUGGAUGAGAGAAUUUGUGUCAAACCACCCAGAAUACAAGCAAGACAGUGUAAUCACAGACAAAAUAAACUAUGACCUUAUUGUGAAAUGCAACCAAAUUGCAAAUGAAGUGGCAAACUGCCCAGAAUUGCUUGGUUUUACAAUCAAUAAAUUCAAGACAAGUGGAACUAAAAAUGUCUCUUCAUGAUGUGCAAAGUACAGUAGAUCACAAAAAUGUAGUUUGUAAAUGAAACUGCAUUGUUUUGGUUUAAUGACCAAACUGACACUGCGCUACAAUUUAGGCCAAAAUGGCUUCAUGCAGUGAUUUCUUCUUAAAGUAACAUAUUCCUAUUGUCAAAGCUUAUACGAUGUAUAUGUAAAUAGUAAACUAUUUUUAUGACUAACCUUGUAUCUAGAAAGAGAGAAAAAAAUCAUUACUGUGAAGUAAACUUUUUAUGUAUGCUCUUGGGGGUAAAUGUUGGGUUUUUUUUUUUCAGUGUGGUAGCAGUUUGUGUAAUAUUUUUAGCCCUUUUUAUUUCAUUAAUUUGUAUAUUUUCUAAUGAAUGUAAUACGCAACAUUGUACAAUACCUAAUGCCUCAACUACAAAUAUACUUGAUUAUUUUAUUUUGUAAUUUUUAAUUUUGUAUGCGUACACAAGUAAUCUUGCUAGUUUCUUGGCAAAGAAAGAGUCUGUCACUUAUUUAUAUAAUCCCCAAAAUGAAGCAGUCAGCUGAAAGACCUAUUUGCUGAAGUAAGCAUAUAUGCCCAUUGGUGCACUGGUAUUGCCGAAGGGAGGUUGGAUCUGAAUUCCAGUUGUUUUCACAGCAUUUUAUUCUCACAAUUUAGUUUAGACACAUUCUGCCUGUUGAAGGCUAAAAACUGCUUAGCCCAUCAAAUCUUCAGAAUUCCUGACUUUCAACAAACGUGGAAUGUUAAACUGGCAGGUAUUGGCAUUGCUGUUGGGGUUCCAAAAUUUUGUUUGUUUUAAACACACUAAAGAUUCUUUGGGAAACUUUACUUGGCCUUACAUUGUUCUCUUUCAGAAAGAAAUUUAAUGGACUAGUUUGUCCACUGUGUAAAUAUUGUCUGCAGUAACGCUUCUUCUUUUUUGUGAUAUGGAAAUUUGUAUGCUGAUUAGGUUCAAGUAACACUCAAAAGUGCUAAAGAGCUGUAUAUAUCUUGACUCUAGGUGUCAGGUGUAUGUGAUGCGGAAAGUAUAUUUUUAUCAAUGCCCUGCACGGUCUUUGGGAAAGGCAUGCUUCCUUGUUGCAAGGUUUGCUAUACAAAUUUACAUAGGAUGUGUUUUUGAAAACCUGAAAUAAUGUAGUUAAGUCGUACAACACUGUUUUAAUAUCUAUGUACAGUGAAAAAAUUAUAGCUGGUACCCUCUGUUGAAAGGAUAAUAAAAUUGAAAUGUAUUUCAAACUGUUAAAUUCUUUCAGAUCUACAACUGUUUUAUUAACAAGCAUAUAUUUAACUAUCAAAGUGUUUUGGCCUAAGUCAAGGCGCAAGGUUUGGGGAAAAUAUACGUUGAAACCAGUGUUCAUUUU